GACAGCAUCCGCCACCCACUUCCGGUCCGCGCAGGCCGGGGCAGGUGCUGAGCGCGCAGUCAAGGCCGCGGCCCGGUCUGGGCGUGUCGGGACGGAGCAGGCUGCAGCUUGGCCGGGAGCCUGCGGCCCGGAGGUCGCCUCUCCACGCACAGCCGUGGUCUCAGUUUUGCUGGAGCUUGAAGAUGCUGAAAGAGCGUCUGGAGAUGACAGAUCCUCAGCAACAGAUGGAUGCUCCAGUAGUGAAGCUGGAGAAGGAGCUGCCAUGGGGCCGGGCAGGGGAGGACUCAAGUCCUGAGGCAUUCCGGCUAAGGUUUCGUCAGUUCCGCUACCAAGAGGCCGCUGGUCCCCAGGAAGCCCUCAGGGAGCUCCAAGAGCUGUGUCGGCGGUGGCUGAGGCCCGAGCUGCACACCAAAGAGCAGAUCCUGGAGCUGCUGGUGCUGGAGCAGUUCCUCACCAUCCUGCCCCGAGAGUUCUACACCUGGAUCCGAGAACACAGCCCAGACAGCAGCAAGGCUCUGGCAGCCAUGGUGGAGGACCUGAUGGAGAGCACACCGGAGGCCAAGGCGGUUCCAUGCCAUGCCCAGGGAGAGCCGCUGGUCACAGCCCUUGGUGGAGGAUCUUGGCAAUCAGGCAUCCCUUUAGGACCAGUGGAAGUCAAACCUGAGUGGGGGAUACUUCAAGGAGAAGGAGUUCAAAGCCUGGGCCCAAGCACGGCAGGACAGCUGAGCCAGGGCCCUGGAGACGGGACACAGGCCUUCCAGGAGCAAGCACUGCCCAUUCUUCAUGGGGGUCCAGCUCUUCCCUCUGUGAGCACCAGAGACCAAGAGAUUGCUGCUGGGUUCCUUGCAGCCACAUCCCAGGGCCUGGGGCCAUUUAAAGACAUGGCCCUGGCUUUCCCUGAGGAGGAGUGGAGGCAUGUGGCCCCAGCGCAGAUUGACUGCUUCGGGGAAUACGUGGAAUCACAGGACUGUGGGGUCCUUCCAGGUGCUGGGAACAAGGAGAAGGAAGCCAAACCCCAGCAGGAAGACCUGAAAAGAGCAUUUGUUGGGUUGACUUCUGAUGGGUUUGGAGAAGCAGCCAUCCAGGUUCCUGGGCCAGGGGGUGCCUGUGAGCAGGAACCUGGGGCCUCUGGGACCAAUUUACCUGGGCUCCCUGCUCCCCAGCAUGGGGUCCCCCUGCCCGAUGCCCUCAACACUCACAAUUCUUUCUGGAAGCCUUUCCAGUGCCCUGAAUGUGGAAAAGGCUUUAGUCGCAGCUCCAACCUUGUCAGGCACCAGCGAACCCAUGAAGAGGAGAAGUCCUUUGGCUGCGUGGAGUGCGGGAAAGGUUUCACUCUGAGGGAGUACCUCACAAAGCAUCAGAGGACCCAUCUGGGCAAGAGGCCCUAUGUGUGUGGUGAGUGCUGGAAGACCUUCAGCCAGAGGCAUCACCUGGAGGUGCACCAGCGUAGCCACACGGGGGAGAAACCCUACAAGUGUGCAGACUGCUGGAAGGGCUUCAGCCGGAGGCAGCACCUGCUGGUGCACCGCAGGACACACACUGGGGAGAAGCCCUACACCUGUGAGUGCGGCAAGAGCUUCAGUAGGAAUGCCAACCUGGCGGUGCACCGGCGUGCGCACACUGGGGAGAAGCCCUAUGGCUGCCAGGUGUGCGGCAAACGCUUCAGCAAGGGGGAGCGCCUGGUGCGGCACCAGAGGAUCCACACCGGCGAGAAGCCCUACCACUGCCCUGCCUGCGGCCGCAGCUUCAACCAGAGGUCCAUCCUCAACCGGCACCAGAAGACUCAGCAUCGCCAGGAGCCCCCAGUGCAGUGAGCCUACCAUGGGGACAGCUCUGUCUCGGCACAACUUGCAUUAUUCCAAGUGGCCUGGGCCUUGCCCAGUGAGGAACAGCAGAAUAUGUCCAAGCAGGAGGAGGGCAGAGCGUAGUGUAUGGAGGGCUUCCAAAGAGCCCGGCUUCCUUCACCUGUUGUAGGGAAACACAAUCCUGAGCUUCAGGUUUUUGUUUUUUGUUUUUUCCUCCCAUAGCGGGAUUUGGGAACCCACCUCCUGAGCAAGUUUGGAGGGAAGGGCAGAGUUUUGUUGUACAUUGUCAGCUUGAAGCUCGUUUUUCUUUUUGAGGUAAGGUCUUGCGUUAGCUAAGAUGAUCUUGAACUUCUCAUCCUCCUGCCUCCUUCUUCCCAGUGCUGGGACUACAGGAGUGUGCCACCGUGCCUGGUUUAUGCUAUUUUGGAGAUGAACCCAGGCUUUGUGCAUGCUAGGUGGGCUACUCUACUGACUGAGGUAUGUGACCAUCUUUGAAGUUCAAUUUUUUGGAGAGAGCUCUCUCUUGCCUGUGAGAUUAUUAGCUCUGGCCUGCCCUCCCUCCAUCUGUUUUUCAUUUGCAAAUAUUUAUUAAGCACCUAUUAUGCUCCUGGCUCUGAGAAUACCCUGGUGAUUGGGACCAGUGAGAUCUUGGAGCUUGUGAGCAAAGCUGACUCAGUAGCUUGUAAGUAUCCCAAAGCACGUGUUGUUGCAAGUGCCACAUCCUGUGCCAGACUGUCCCUGUGUGGGAAUCUCACAUGCCCUCCACCUCAGGUGGGGCCUUCUCUCAUGCAGCCUGUUUAAUUUUCCUCUCUUGGCAGCCUUAUUGUUGUGGACUAGAACAUCUUACCCUUAUCUGUAAAGUCUCCCUGUCCCAUUACUCCUGCACACUGUAACCACAGCUACUAGAAAAUUAAUAUUUUGCUACUGAUCGUUGAAUAAAUGUGGAAAUAUUUUAAAACAA